UGUAACAUUGCGAAUAGGUGUCGACAUCAAAGCCACUGAUAUUUCUGUGUCUCAUAGGAUGCCAACAACGGGGGAAGAAACAAGAUCUCCAGCUAUAAUCGCCAAUUUGGACACCGGAAAAACAAAAUCAAAAUCUUUGAAAAACGAAAAUUUCUACGCUCAAUGACACCGAAUACCAUUUUCAGUAAUCCAUCAAAAAUUUUCAUUGCUGAAAAUCUGACAGCCCUCAAUAAGGACUUGUAUUUUAGAGCACGAGCUGCAAAAAACAACUGCGGCUAUAAGUUUAUUUGGACAUCAAAUGGGAGAGUAUUUGUGAAGAAAAAUGCUGAGAUCAAAAACUCUUUGAACAUUCGUCACGAAGAUGACCUUUCUAAAAUUCAAUAACUUAUAUAACUACGAGUUUGUUCAUAAGCCCUCCAAAACAAGUGCUGGUGGAGUAGGACUGUAUGUGAAGCAAGGCUUAGUCAUCACUGAAACUCAGGAUUAUGAUUUGAAUCACCCAGACUGUGAGGAUUUGUGGAUAAACCUUAAACUGAGUCCAACUGUUACAUUCAUAAUUGGAAUAAUUUACAAACAUCCCCGAAAAGACAUUCCCAAAUUUACAGAAAAAUUAUCCAACAGUUUAGAAAAUUUAAAUAAAGAAAAGAAAUUGUUUAUCUUACUAGGAGAUUUCAACAUAAAUUUACUAAGUCCAACAACAGAUCUGGCAACCAUGAAAUACAUUGAUAUGCUCCUAGCGAAUUUGUCACUGCCCUUAAUUACCUCGCCAACAAGGGUAACUCGUUCAUCCAGUACACUAAUUGACAAUAUUUUUACAAAUGCGAUAAAAUUUGACCUAAUGAGCUUCAUUAUUCUUAGUGACAUCAGUGAUCACUAUCCACAAUUCUGCACAGUCUAUGAUUCAAAAUUUAAAGGGGGUCAAGAUCAAGAUAAAAUAUUGAAACGAGAUAUGGAAAACUUUUCUAUUGAUGCCUAUAGAACCAAUUUAGAAUCUUCUCUUAGCCCAAUCUCAAAUUGCCAAAUCACUAGUGAUAACUUGAAUACUCUAUUUGAAACAUUUAUAGAAAUAAUUCGGACAACUAUUGAUCAGUAA